AUGGUAUUAUCUCAAUCGGCUCAGGUUACCGCGAAAAAUAUUCCUUUUAACACUUUGAAAUCUUCAGAGUUACUUGAAAACCCUCGAGAAGAACUCAAAAGCGCUACAAAACUCGAAAAAUGCGUAAGUUUUCGCGAUUUUUCGCUAUUUUGCUAUUUUUUUUUUCAGAUCAGCUCCAGCCAAACGGAAUCUCUCGAAAGAUUCGAGCAAGGAAUCGGAUUUGGAUCCCUUUGAGUUAGUUUUUAUUUUAGAAAUGAUUUAUUUGAAAAAACUUCAGAGAAUCCUUUAAAUCGUCGAUUUUCAACGACGACUCGGAUGGUUCGGGUAGGAAAACUUAGAGGAAAAAAAGAAAUAUUAUAAGGUUUCAGGGCGGGAAAAGCUGGUAAUUGAAACGGAUGACUUUAAUAUCCUGCCCAAAGGCUUCCCAGGUUUAUCUAUGUUUUAUUUUUAUUUUUAGCUGAUUCAAUAUUUUAAGUGCAAGGCCAGUAAAAAUAGAUGAAAAAACGAGUUUUUUUUUUUACGGAAUUUAAUAUUUUUUUAAAUAUUUGCUACGAUAUGUUAACUGUUUGACUAACAAAAGAAGGAAGUUCAAAAAUUCAUUUUUCUUUGGCCCUGCCUUCGACCGAAUUCGCUUCAAGACCAUUGCUUUUUUAUUCUUUUUUUUCCGCAGUUUUGUGCAAAAAAUGUGUUUUCAAAAUACAUUUUCUGUUGUCUUUAAAACAUUUUACACACUGUGAGGUUCAUGAUUGAAAAAGAAAAACUUGACUUUCAGGACAAGUUGGUCGAAAAAGCAUUGCCGAGAUUCGAGAACUCAGGAAUUCCAUCGACCAAUCGUUGAUCCAGACGCCGAUUCUCGAGAAAAAGCCUACUCUUUCUUCGAGAUUCAAAAAAGAGCAGAGUAUUGAUGAAGCCAUAGAAGAAGAGGUUGGCUUUAAGUCUAAAAAUGAUAAUUCUCUGUGAAGUUCAUCUACAUGUCUGAGAUUUUUGAAGUUAUUCCUUGAUAUUCUAUUAAUUUUUUUUUGACUUUUUGAUAUAUGCGAAAGCGGCCCAGUGCAUGCACCCAACACACUACACUUUACGGACAAAAAAGAUUAGCGGAUCGUAGUCAAAAAUACGCCGUGAAAAUUGAAGCUCGAAAAUAAAUCAUAAUGUUAGUGCAAAUUAUGAAAAAAAUUUGAAAAAAAGAAAAAAAUUGUUGAAAAAAAUACUGUUGUUUUCAAAAUGGAAACUUUUUUUAACUUUUUCUUGAUCAUUUUUUUCAAAAAUUCCAUACAUCUAAUUUAUUGUCCACUUUUUAAAUUUGAUACUUUUUCAAUGAUUAUUUGACUAAUGUUUUGAUGACUCCCGGAGAUUCAGAACGUCAAGAAAAAAAAAGAAUUCAAGAAAAAUAUGAAAGAUUCUUGAAAAAAGCAUUUUCAGUACGAUCCACCCUCGAUGAAAACCACGAUGGCCCCAAAAAAGAGCCCCUUCAAAAGUGUCAUCGAAAGUGCGAGUUCCGAUGCCGAAUCUAUCGUUUUUGAUGAGGUUUUUUUUUGGAAGAACUGGUCCAGCUCAAUUUUAAAAGAGUUUCAGAUCGCUGAAGACAUUGAAACUCCAAAAAAGGCGCCGUCAGUACGAUUCUCGGCCAAGACUUUGCCGAGGAAACCGCCGCCUCCAUCUUCCUCCUCCAGUUCUUCCAGUUCUUCCUCUUCUUCUUCCUCUUCCUCAUCCUCCUCUUCCUCGUCCCCAUCGACGUCUUCUAGGAAAUCGACGUCUUCUGAAUCCCAUUCCAAGUCUUCCAAAUCUUCAUCGUCGUCAUCCAAACAGAAGUCCUACUCCCAGGACAGCUCUUCUGAUUCUGAAUCCUCCACGUCGACUGUGAAAAAUGAAGAGCCGGUCAUUUCUCCGAUCUUGGAGAAGCUCAUCAAGGAGUCGGCAAGGCGAGUUGAGGUGGAGAAAGAGGAAGAAGUUAUGAAGAACGAUGAGAAGGAUGUUGGGAAAGAAGAGAAAGAAGGAUCUUCGAGAAGUUCUUCGAAAGAAAGACGGAAGAAGGAGAAAACGAAGAAGAAAAGUCAAGAAUCGGCGAGUUUUCAUCCUCUGGAUGCUUUGGAUUACAUGCGGACAGGUGGGGAAGUUCUUUUUUAAAAUUUUAAAUUAUAUAUUUUUUCUUUAAUGAAAGUACUGUUUAAAAUAAAACUGUUAUAAUAAAGGCACGUAUUACCCAGAAAAAAACCCCAAUUUCCAGGACCAGUCCAAGAUUUGGAACAAUCCCUUCGCGACUCCCUCCGCGAGCAGUUCCAGCAGAUCCGCGAGUUCAACGACGUCGAAUUUCGGGCCGUUCGGAAGUGGCAGAUCCGACUCGCCGACCUCAGGAAUAACUACGAGGGACCGAGCAGCCAGAAGCUCCACGAGCUCAUCGAGCAACGCCUCAGGGACCGAAAAUUCUUGUCGUGA